AUGUUGUCAGACAGCUCUGAGAUUUUCUGCUGGACAGAUUCCACCAUUGUCCUGGCAUGGUUAAAAAAACCAGCCUGCUCCUGGACCACAUUCGUAGCCAACCGCGUAACCAAAAUAGCUCAAGCUACAAAGAUUGAGAAUUGGUCACAUGUGCGAUCAGAACACAAUUCUGCCGACCUAGCUAGUCGCGGCGUGUCCCUGCAAGAGUUGGGCGAUAGCACCCUCUGGUGGCAUGGGCUUCAAUGGUUACAACUGCCCAAACUUCAAUGGCCAGAAACUUCGGAUCCACACCCAGUCACUGAGUUAGAGCAGCGCGCGGUGAAGGUUCAUUUCGUAAAUCUUCCCGCUGAUGAUUUCCUUGAACGUUUCUCCAGACUAGACAAGGUAUUACGAGUCCUAGCUUACGUCCAAAGGUUCCUGAAUCGCUGUCGGAAGGCUCCGGUAAGUCCGGAUAGGCAGCUCAGUAAUCGGGAAAUCCGGGAAGCUGAGAAAACCUACAUAAUACUUGCCCAGCGUGAAGAAGCAACAUGGCUCUUAAGAGCAUGUGGUCGCUUAACUGCCUCCACGGUCCUGCAGUAUGACGAGCGCCAUCCUGUAAUACUCCCGUACAGCUGUCGGCUAUCUUGUCUGCUUGUCCAAUUCACGCACCAGAUUACACUUCAUAGCUGCAACCAAUUGAUAGUGCGCUUGGUGCGAUCCAAAUAUUGCAUUCCUAAAGUCAAGAAUCUGGCCAUCCAUUUGGAACCCACCGCCGACCUUCCAACUGAGAAGUUUCUAGCAGCGUUUGCACGUUUUGUAGCUGGACGAGGUUGUCCUCAGCGGGUCCAUUCCGACAACGGCAAAACUAUUGUUGGCGCCUCAAGUCUUCUUUCCCGUGACUUUACGCAAGCGCUAAAGGAGUCUUUAGCCAUCAGGGACUCGUGUGGCGUUUCAUACCCCCAGGAGCUCCUCAUAUGGGAGGCCUGUGGAAGGCAGGAGUAA